GGAAAAGACAUCAGAGUUGAGCUGCGUUUACAAGACAAAGAUGACGAGCAAAGAAUCUGUACUGCCUCAGCAUUCAGAACUGAGGAUUGUGCUCGUUGGGAAGGUUGGAGCUGGAAAGACUUCGGUCAUGAAGACUCUCCUGAGAAGCUCAGAGGAAAAUGACAAACCUGACCUUGAAAGUCAAAACAUGUUUCUCCCUGAUACAGAGAAGUGUCAGAGGGGAAAAGUAAAGAUCAGAGGACGAACGGUGGUUGUUGUUGACACUCCUGGUCUAUGUAGCACGGAAAAAACAGACGAAGAGGUGAUGGAGGAGGUCAAGCAAUGUGUCUCACUUGCUGCGCCUGGUCCUCAUGUGUUCCUAUUUGUGCUUUCCUGUUUAGACAGAUUUACAAAAGAAGACCAGGAUGCUGUGGACAUUAUCAAGAAGACCUUUGGCGAAACUGUUACAUGUUACACUAUGGCUUUGUUCACCCAUGGAGACGAGCUGAAGAACAACAGGAAAACCAUACAAGAGUUCAUCGAAGAAAACAAUGAUCUCAAAAACUUUGUCACUUACUGUAAUGGGGGAUCCCAUGAUAUUGAGAAUGAAGAUCAGAGUCCAUCUCAAGUCACCAAGCUUCUGCAGGAGAUUAACGUCAUGGUUCAGAAAAAUGGAGGGAAGUGCUACACCGUUGAAAUGCUCGUGGAGGCUGAGAAAAAAGGAAAAGGUUCUGGAGUUUGGAAGAGAAUCACACUCUCUGUUAAUGGCUCUGCUUUAGCUGGAGCCGGUCUCGGAGGAGCAGUAUCUCACUUUGUUGGGAGCUCAGUUGGAAUUCCAGCAGGAGUUGCAGUCGGUGCAGCAGUAGGAGGUGUGUUCGGAGCCGUAGGGAUAGUUACAGCAGAACACAUUAAGGCUAAAAGAUGCGUGAUACAGUGAAUUAUCAUGAUUAUCAUGAUCAUAGUGCUGUUUUAUUAAAACAAAACUUUAAAGUUUUACCGAACAGAGGCGAGGACCGGGCUGCAGCAGCUCUUCAUCCUUCCUAAGUUCUCAUUAGGUUCUAACAAGUGGUUACUAAACAAGAAUGCUUCAUUAUAAAACUAAAUAAACUUUGCUAGUCUUUAGCGCUAAUCAACUAUAUCAACAGGAAGUCACUGUAGCAUCACAAGCCAGCACAACCAAAAAUGUCUCAAUAUAUAUCUUUGCAAAUAGAAAACAAUUUAUUGUUUAUUUCUGUGUGCAUACAUAAAGAAAUGUGUAUGUUUUAAGGAGGUAAAAUAUCUGAUUAUGAUAAGAUAAUAUGUUAUCAGAAUGAUGUUUUGUAAAAUGAGAUGUUGGGUUAUUAUUGAGACUCAUUAUUGUGUUCUCCACUGGCCGUGGCUGUAUUCCAAACUGCCUAAUAUAUACUACUGAAUACUACACAGAUCUCAUAGGAAGACCCAAAACUCUAUUGGAUUAACUGCAUUGAAUAAAAGGGAAACAUCUAAUCACAGCUGAUAGAAAUGACUUGCACAAUUAUGAAUCUUUAAUACACCUGUUUGAAACUCCUUUGCCCACUCAGCAAUUAUCUGUGUAUAAAUGACGUCUGCUCUGUGUUGCUAUCCGCAAGCAUGGACCAAAGAGGCCCAUAUAGCACAAUAA